CAGACGUCCACAACACUCUGCUUACACUAUGUUCCUCCAUUAAAGCUUCCAGAAUGUCCAACUUGGAGGACAAAUCGCUAUGGGAAGAAGGGGACGACUCGUUGGCCGAAGAUGUCCUCCAAAUGACCACGGAAGAAAUCAUCGGACGCACUCGUCUUCUCGACAACGAAAUAAAAAUAAUGAGGAGUGAGUGCAACCGAAUCCACCACGACAUACAAACAAAAACUGAAAAGAUAAAGGAAAACAACGACAAGAUCAAGGUGAACAAAACCCUUCCGUGGCUGCUGGCCAACGUUAUAGAGAUUCUAGAGCUAGACCCCGAGGCGGAAGAAGAAGAAGGCGCCGUUGUAGACCUGGACGCCCAAAGGAAGGGCAAAUCGGCCGUGGUAAAGACUUCAACCCGCCAGACCUACUUCCUGCCAAUAGUUGGGCUGGUGGACGAGGAGAAGCUGAAGCCCGGCGACCUGGUUGGAGUCAACAAAGACUCCUACCUCAUCCUGGACACGUUGCCCGCAGAGUACGACGCCAGGGUUAAAGCCAUGGAGGUGGACGAAAGGCCCAGCGAACAAUACACAGACAUCGGAGGCCUGGACAAGCAAAUCCAGGAGUUGAUCGAAGCAGUCGUCCUCCCCAUGUCGCACAAAGACAAGUUUGUCAAGCUUGGAAUCCACCCUCCCAAAGGAGUGCUUCUAUACGGCCCUCCGGGUACUGGUAAAACUUUAUUGGCCCGGGCUUGCGCCGCACAGACCAAGUCUACGUUCCUGAAGCUGGCCGGGCCGCAGCUGGUGCAAAUGUUCAUAGGUGACGGGGCCAAGCUCGUUCGCGACGCCUUCGCCUUGGCCAAGGAAAAAUCACCGGCUAUCAUUUUUAUUGAUGAGUUGGACGCCAUCGGUACCCGGAGAUUUGAUUCGGAGAAGGCCGGCGACCGUGAGGUCCAGCGCACCAUGUUGGAGUUGUUGAACCAGCUGGAUGGUUUCAGUUCGAUUUCAGAUAUUAAAGUUAUUGCGGCUACGAAUCGGGUCGACAUUCUGGAUCCGGCUUUGCUGAGGUCUGGCCGUCUGGACAAGAAAAUCGAAUUCCCGCAUCCAAACGAAGAAGCCAGGGCCAGAAUUAUCCAGAUUCAUUCAAGGAAGAUGACCAUUGACGCAGAUGCCAACUUUGAAGAACUGGCCAGAUCCACUGAUGAUUUCAACGGGGCUCAGUGCAAGGCGGUGUGUGUUGAAGCUGGCAUGAUUGCGUUAAGAAGGAACGGCAAUACGGUGACGCAUGAGGACUUUAUGGAAGCUAUAAUGGAGGUGCAGGCAAAGAAGAAAACUAAUUUAGAUUAUUAUGUUUAGUUCAUGACUCCCUACAUAUAUUACACAUGAUUAAUACUUGAAUAAGGCAUAUUUUACUCGUUACUAAUAAAAAGUUGGUGCUCA